AUGGCUAACAAGGAUAUCUCCCCGGAAAAGGAAGAAAACGAAGGAGUUUAUAAGGAUUUUAAGGAUCUAAGGCAAAAACUGGAUGCUUGCGCUCGGUUUGUGGGCCUGGAGGUCACCAUUCCAACCUUUGUGUUGAGCUGGAGGGGUUACUUAGUUAUUUUCAUUGCCAUAAGCUUUGCUGUUGGAGCAGUUUACACCGUUUACAAGGGAUUGAUCAUCGAUGGGGAUUGGAUGGUACUUUUGCAGUGUACGUGCCAGGCCGGAGCCGGAGCCCAAUCCAUCGCCAAGCUAAUCUUUUACAUAAAGGAUCGGCGAUUUCUUUGGGUGAUUUUGGACAUAAUGGAUGUCACCUUCGAGCACGAGAGCCGCGGUGACCAUUAUAAAAAAUGCUUGCAAGAGGACUUCCAACGCAUCAAGUUUUGGAUGAAAGGAUUCGGAGUGCUUUACUUCAUUGUGGUAUCAUUAUGCAUAUUGUUUCCUUUUUUCUACUAUAUCAAGUAUAAGAUAAAGCUCAUGAUGAUGACAUUUCUAGUGCCGGGGAUGAAUCCGGAAACCAAAUACGGAUUCUAUCUCCUAACCGCCUUUCAUACCGUGUGCAUGGUGGUCGGAGGCGUGGGAAACUAUGCCGCCGAUAUGUAUUUGUUGUUCUUUAUUUCAUCGGCUCCAGUCGCAAAGAAUAUCCUGCGCUGCAAGCUACAUGAUCUAGAUGUCAAGCUAGAAGCUUUCCGAUCCCACAACAAGAUCAGUUCCCAAGAAAUCCGACAGGAUAUGGUCCACAUCGUGUCCUGGCAUCAGAAGUAUUUGAGAGUCCUUGAAUGCUCGGAACGCGUUUUCUUUGUGAUUAUUUUCGUGGAGAUUUCGGCAUGUUGUGUGAGCAAUCUAUCGAUUCUGUACUGCAUUCUAAGAGGUGACUGGCCGUCGGGAAAGGUGUACAUUUUUUUCUCAAUCAGUACUUUCAUGAUGUACUGCACCCUCGGGACCAUUGUCGACAAUUCGAACUCUGACCUCACGGAUAUCGUUUAUAAUUUCCGUUGGUACGAUUUACCUCUUACGGAGCAGCGGACCAUGCUCUACAUGCUACGGCGAACCCAGGCGACCGCCGGACUCUCGGUGGGAAAGAUGUUGCCCCUCAACAUGCAGACCGCCUUGCAACUAUCUAAGACCACGUACACAGCCCUGAUGAUCUUGCUAAGGGGCAAGGAGACUGUUGAUUAA